AUGGCCUUCAGAAGAUUGGAGGUUCUUGACCCUAGCCGAGUACGCUGGUCGUAUGCUAGGACUCUGUGUGCUCUUGUUGAUCCUUCAAUGGCGGCCACUUUUCCAACACCACCAGCAAAGAAACCCGCCACAUCUUUUCCUCCGAGAAGGGGAAGAGUGAAAGCUCAAAUUUUUGAAGGGGUUGCAGAAGCAGUAGCUUCUGCAGCCUCGAGAGCUGGCGAUUUCUUGGGUCUCAUCAAGAAAGACGACACCCCCGUGAACGAGGGUUCUAAACCUGCACCACCACCGGAAACCACCAAGACUUAUGGUGAAGAUGGAAAGGCUGCUUAG